GAUAAACUUAUUAAAUAGUUUGUAACGAAUGGCUGACACUGAUGUGGAAAUGAAACCCUGUGACGCGGAGCAGAAAAAGCAAGAAGGCAAUGAUUUCCAUAAGAAGAAAGACUACAAAUCAGCAAUAAAAUCGUACAGCGAGGCCAUCAGAUUAGAUCCAGAAAACUUCAGCCUUUUUGGAAAUCGCAGUGCAUCUUACAUGAUGCUGGGCCAGUACACUUCUGCUUUGGAAGAUGCAAAAUUGUCCACGUCUCUCAACUCUAAUUUUAUCAAGGGAUAUGUCCGAGAAAUUAAAUGCCAUAUUGCUCUCGGGCAGGCUGCUGCAGCACAAAACAUUGAACAGAAAGUGUUGAACCUGGAUGCGAAUCUAUCAGCAGAUGAUAAAAGGACGCUAGAUGAGUGUGGCAAACAGAUAGCAGCGUUGACGGCACAUGAAGCUAAAGCUCGAAAGGCAAUUGAAGUUGACGAUUGCAGAACUGCCGCGUAUUAUUUCGAACAAUGCUCCAAGUUCGCCCCCAGUAACACAUCUUAUAAAGUUCUAAGAGCUGAAUGUCUGGCUAUGCUGGGAAAAUUCACAGAUGCCAACGAGCUAGCCUCGGAGGUAGUACGAAAGGAAACUAAUGCAGAUGCAAUUUUUGUGCUGGCUCUCUGCAAUUAUUAUCAAGACAAUAUGGAAAAAGCCAUCAAACUUCUCGCGGAAGUGUUGAGAUUAGCGCCAGAUCACACCAAGUCAAGAGAAACGCACAAAAAAGUAAAGAAGCUGAGCAAAAUGAAAGAAGAAGGGAAUGAAGCUUUCAAGCGUGGGGCUUACCAGAAAGCGUAUGAGAUUUACUCUGAAGCACUAUCAAUCGAUCCCCACAACAAAAUCACAAAUGCCAAAUUGUACUGCAACCGAGCCACGACAGGGAGCAAAUUGAAGAAAAUUGAAGACUCAAUCAAGGACUGCGACAAAGCCAUUCAGCUGGACGAAAACUAUGAGAAGGCGUUCAUCAGGAGAGCAGCACUGCUGCAGGAGGACGGAAGGUACGAGGAGGCGGUAAGAGACUGCGAACACGUCUACAAAAAGAAUCCCAAUCCGACGAACAAGCGACACCUACAGGAAGCUAAGCUGGAACUGAAAAAGAGCAAACGGAAGGACUACUACAAAUUGUUAGGAGUGGAAAAAACUGCCACUGAAGAGGAGAUCAAGAAGGCAUACAAGAAACUUGCACUCGUACAUCAUCCAGAUCGUCACCAGGCAGAUCCAGAGGAAGAGAAGGCAGAACAUGAGCGUAAGUUCAAGGACAUCGGGGAAGCAUACUCGGUGCUGAGUGACCAGAACAAGAGACACAGAUACGACACUGGGCAGGAUUUGGAGGACAUGGAUGGACCAGGGGGGUUCCACGAUGUGGAUCCCAGCCAAAUUUUCCAGAUGUUCUUCGGGGGAGGAGGUGGAGGUCAGGAGGCGUUCCAAUUCAUGCCGGGCGGUCAUCCUGGAGCUGGAAGCGGAAGAAGUCAUCGGCACUCCAGUUUCGGAGGCCCUGGCGGAGGGGUCCACUUCAGUUUUGGCUAACUCACACCAUUUAGACAUCCAUUUUUUCCCGCCUAUUAAUUCUGUAAACUGGUAGCUGACUGUUAGUGUCUUCAAGAUGCUGAGCAAGUGCGUGAACAAAUUGGUUGAUCACAAUCAACUCUGAAUAAAGCGAUGAAAUAAAAUAGAUACUAUUUUUCAACGCUGUUUAUUUUGCAAUGCGUCAUAACUCAUGCACCAUCUGAAAAGUUUCACUUAUUGCAAAAAUGAUGUUUUAGAUGUCAAUUUAUACUUAAAUCUUG